ACUGUGUGGACGGCGUGCACGCGUUUAUUUCUCGUGUGGUCAAAACUAUAAACAGUGCAUUUAAAUGGUUUAUCUUUUGUUGUUGUUUUUCUGUUAAGCCGAGCUGGCGUCUCGUAUAGGCCCGGUUUUGAGCCACUCUUUGUUUUAAUACUCGUUGAUUCGCGCGGUCCGAGGAGUCGAUCAGAGCUAAUAUGUCGACGUUUUUGUUGUUUGAGCAAUAUAUAGGCGAUUUAAAUAAAGUAUGUAUUAAAAACACGCUCGUGCGUGAAAACACUGAAGUCGGUGUGCUAAUGCACGUUAACGUUAGCGCUAGCGAUGUUUGACGAAGAGAAAGCGAGCCAGCAUAUCUGUAUGUAGUCACACAAUAGAAAUACUGCAGUUUUGAGUUGUUUUCUGUAGUUCGUGGUGUUUAAAACAGUAAAAGAGUUUCGUUUUGCGACAACAAAAGCGAACGUGAGACACAAAGACGCGUGGCUUGAAACUGAAGAGCCGCAGAUAACGUUACAUUUGACAGAAACUAGCUUUAAACACUAAAAUGUAGAUCUCAGCCGUUUCAACUGAAAGAAACUUGCACUGACUGAUCUUAAAACAUGUCAGUUGCCUUUGUUUUGUCUCAAGAUGCUCACCAGUAACGCCUUUUCUAAGGCAUGUUUAUAAAAGUUAUUUAAAUAUCCUAAUUUUACUAUGCCUUAAUACUAGUUUAGGCUAGGCCCUGUAUAUGAAACAGGGCUCGUGUGUUUUCCUGUAUUUUUAAUCAUACAUUUUUCUAGGUGUUUACUAUAUUUUAUUUAAUGUAGAAUCAAACAUUACAGCAGCAUAUAUACCUAAGCUGUCUUGUCCUUAAUAAGAAAUGAAAACAUCAAACCAUAUUUGAUACUUCAGUUCCGUGCUGAUCUCAUAACUCAUAACCCACAGCAGUCAGACGGCAAACAUGGAGCAGUACACCACCACGACAACUAGUGGAGAGCAGAUAGUGGUGCAGGCCAGCGGUGGACAGAUUCAACAACAGGGCACAGUGACUGCGGUGCAGUUGCAGGCUGAGCCUCAGGUAGGCCAGACUGCAGCCCAGCAGGUCCUUCAGGUAGUUCAAGGGCAGCCUCUUAUGGUACAAGUCAGUGGGGGUCAGCUCAUCACUUCCUCAGGGCAGCCUAUAAUGGUGCAGGCCAUGACAGGAGGACAAGGUCAAACCAUCAUGCAAGUACCAGUAUCUGGUACACAGGGGCUGCAGCAGAUUCAAUUGGUACAGCCCAGUCAAAUCCAGCUGCCGGGUGGACAGACAUUACAGCUACAGGGUCAGCAGGGACAGACCCAACAGAUCAUCAUUCAACAGCCACAGACCGCAGUCACCGCAGGACAGAACCAGGGUCAGCAGCAGAUCACUGUCCAGGGUCAGCAGGUGGCUCAAACCGCUGAAGGACAGACCAUUGUUUACCAGCCUGUUAACGCGGACGGGACCAUCCUACAGCAGGGGAUGAUCACUAUUCCAGCUGCAUCUCUAGCAGGAGCCCAGUUAGUCUCCGCUGGAUCCAACACAAACACCACCAACACCGGUCAGGGCACAGUGACCGUCACUCUUCCCAUGGCAGGAAACAUGGUCAAUGCUGGAGGAAUGGUCAUGAUGGUCCCAGGAGGUGGAGGGUCAGUUCCCACCAUGCAGCGCAUUCCUCUUCCUGGAGCAGAGAUGCUGGAGGAGGAACCUCUCUACGUCAACGCUAAACAGUAUCACAGGAUCCUCAAGAGGAGACAAGCCCGUGCCAAACUAGAAGCUGAAGGCAAAAUACCAAAAGAGAGAAGAAAAUACCUGCACGAGUCCCGUCAUCGUCACGCCAUGGCCAGGAAGCGUGGAGACGGUGGACGUUUUUUCUCUCCAAAGGAAAAGGAAGAAAUGGCCAUGCAGGCUCUUAAGGUGAGCGAGGGGCUUGAGCUCAGCUCUCAUUGGCAAGCCACCUCUGCCCCGCCUCUGGGGUAAACUAUCCAAUCCCAGCCUGUGUCCGACCCGAGAGACUGUAUGCACCUAAUUUACAUUAGACCAUCCAUCCCCUGCGGCUCUGUGUCUGAGCUACCUCAUGCGUCUGUGGCACACUCACGUUCAAACUGUCUCUGUCUGUGAGUUAACUGACAUUUCCAACCAAUUAAACUGAACAUGCAUACUAAGAUCUUAGUAUAUAUGUUCCAACAUAUAAUACACAAUGUACAGAUUAAACCCCAUGUUUGUAACUCCUAUGCUGCCUUAUAGCAUUUUUACCACUUUUAAUAAUUCAAUUAUUUAGGUGCAAAUCUUUAUGUGCAGCUUAAAGAUAGUAUGGUUGAACUCUGCUGAUUGGAAGUGGCUUCUUUCGAAAAGUUGUAAACAUGGGUAAUUGGCACGUUUUAUCCUGUCAGUGUUAAAGGUUUCUUAUCUUCUAUGUCUGACUGCUACUUUAAAAGGAAAUCUUCAACCUUGACGUCUUUGUUCUGUCUGCAUUUCUGCCAUUUGUCCUACCAUGGUGUAUUUCUAUCCAGACUGCUUGUGAUACUCACUGGAUGCUGCGACAUAUUAAGCAGCGUUUAUUUGUCCUUUUUACCAUCUUAUGGUAUGAAUAGCCAUUCAAAAUGUUUUCAUUUGUGAUGUACGGCUUGGCUUUCACCCUUCAACGCUCUUUUGUCUUUUCCCAGAGCUGUCGCUUUGGUAUUGCUUUAGCCGUUUUAUGUUUCUUACAGUGGGCUGUAUGUGGUCUCUUGUUUGCAUUUAUGUUUGUUACAUGAUGAUAUAUAUGCCCUUUUUAUGCAAAUAAACCUUUGUUCAUGAUUUAUUAUUGGUUAA